UGGUGACCAGAUGGAUCACAAAAAUGAGGAAUGGGCCUAACAAUGAUAGGCGACCAUACGUGAUGUAUCCUUUCAUCACGCGAGAGAUCUGGGACAAGUUUGUAGAAAAAUGUAGCUCUAAGGAGUUCCAGGCUAAAAGUGAAAAAGCAAGAAUCUCUCAGGCUGCUAACAAGCAUCCUCAUUUUUUGGGUCAAAAAUCAUAUGCGGAGAUGAUUCCCAUUUGGCAAAGCAGAGGGUAUAUCCCUUCCGCUACAGCAUCAUCUGUUGACUCAUCUACAUCAUCAUUGAUUCCUCCUUGCCAGAUCGGACAUUGCCUUGGCUUCUCUACUGCUCGCAAGGGUAGGGGCAUGGAUGAUGAAGAGAUUCAGGCAUUAGAGGCUAGACUGAGUCAAAGAGUUAGAGAACAGACAUUAGAGACGAACUCGAAGAUAGAUGCAUUAGUUUAA